AUGGCCGGCUGCGGAGGUGGCCUGUACGCCGUGCUCGGCGUCUCCAGCGACUGCUCCGACGCGGAGCCUACAGGAAGCUCGCCAUGGUCCGUCGCCUCCACUCAUUUCCAUUCCAUUCCAUAUCUGCUCUGCUAUUCUACGCUCUGUUUUUAUUUUGGAACGGAGGGAGAAUGGCACCCUGACAAGUGCGCCAGCGGCAGCUCCGGGUCCGGGGGCGCGGAGGCCGCCAAGGCCAGGUUCCACAAGAUCCAGGCAGCCUACGCAGUUCUGUCGGACCCCAACAAGCGUAUCCUCUACGACGUCGGAGCCUACGACAGCGACGCCGACGAUGAGGGUGCAGGAGACAUACUGGGAGACAUCCUGGAGGCCAUGAACCACACACCCCCACACGAAGACGGCGAGGGCGAGAGCUUGUUGGAUCUGCACAAGCAGUUCGAGGAGCUCUUCCUCAAGCCCGACGCCUACUCCUCCAAGUCGCCGCCGCCCUCCUCCUCCUCCUCCUCCUCCUCCAAUACAAGGGCCGCCGGCAGGAAGUAGGCUCCCAAGAUGAAUGAAUCAUCUUCAUACGUGCAAGAUCAUUGUCUUGUGUUGCCUAGCUAGCUAAACUCACAAAACUCACCCAGAUGAUAAGUUGCUAGCCAUCCACGGAGAAACAACGAAAUCACCCAAAUUAAUGUUGAAUGUUCAGCUAGCAUGUAGAUGUAGUAUAGCCUAGUCACUAAAUGAAGAAUUUAUUUAGGCCUAGUCAUCCUCACCUGCCUAGUGGCAUGCGGAUGAGACCUGUCGCCAUCGCGUGGAAUUUUCCACCUUGUGAUUGUGAUUUGUACGACUACUAUGCGUGAAUUCAAUAUCAUAUGUGACAUCUUUUCAAAAGAAUA